UCAGGGCAAUCAGGGACUUCAAUCAAAUGCAUAGCCAAACAUCAGAGCGACAGGUAGGUUUGUUGGGGGCACUGGGCAACCUGACAAAGGUUGCAGCAAUGCAACUGGGACUUUGCCUCCAGGCACGUGAUUGGCUGCUGCCGUGGACAGUUUGGUUGCCAUGGAGGGCCAUUUCCAACAGUCUCAGAAUCAACUGGAUAUGUGAACAGACCUGCAGUUCAUUGCUCUAGCCAUUGGCACCAGCAGAAUGGCACAGGGACAAGGAACCUAAAUCUCAUACUAGGUACCCCUUCCUCAGACAGUGGUGCCAAUAGAUACCCAGCAGGACCACAUACAGGCUCCCCAGAAUCUCCUCACAGGACAUUUCCAGAGAUGGCUGAGCCACUUGCCUCCAGCCUGCCAUCCUUAACCCUGUGGGAGUUCAAGAUUAGAAGGGUGCACACUCAGCAUGUCUGGGUCUUCUGUACAAAAAUGGCCCUGAAGUCAUCUGACCAGAUCUUUAAGGCUGAUGGGCUCCACCAGUGUUGUGGAACCCUGGCCUGCAUUGAGGCAUGUUGGAGGGGAAAGGAAGACGACUUUCCUAGAGCAUACAGGUGCCCCUUCACUAUAAGUUCUCACUUUUGUAAAUAUGUUCCAUCUGUGAGAGUCUUGGUCUACCCACAAAUGCAACAUUGCAAGUACUGAACCUCCACAAUGCGCCCUGGACUAAGGUGUACAGAGGGUACAGUGUACCGAGUGAAGGCAACGGGUAAAUCACAGGCAACUGCAACUUUGUGCAGCUCUGGUGCGCGGACCGAGCUAUUGUGUCACAGGCAUUGUCAGGGUUCAGCCAUUAGCCCGUGAAUAGUGGACACUCCUCAGACAGAGUUCCAGGCUCUACCUUUUCCCUGUAGGUGAACACCUAAACGUCCUCUUCCUGUUAGGGAGGGGCUAUGUUUAUCAACCCCAUCGGCUUUGCAUCUGCCCACUUAACAAACACCACCCCCUUGGCAAAAUCUGUAAACAUUCCAGACGUGCCAGGGCACUGUUCCCAGAAGCCUCCUCACCAAUGGAACCUCCUGUGUGGCCCCUUUUCCCUCCCAUAUUCUAUCAUGUCUCCCUGUACCUUACAAAUGUUUUUAAUCAGCCAGUUCAGGUAUGUUAUUACAUACUUCUGGAGUAGAUGGGAUUUGAACCCAGGCCUCCUGCUAGGGGAUGCUAUCACUGUGCCAGAAGAGCCCUGCCCUGCCCUGCCCUCCUACCCUACCCCCAUCUUAUAUACCAAGUUACCCCACUCACUAUUGUCAUGCUCUCUGCAUGCAAAUUGGGUUCACAGGUUCCCUGUGUCUGAUCUGCAGCAUCGGCCCCCUGGUAAUCCCCCUCCUGCCCCCUGAAUCUUUUAGGGGGUGCAUCCCAUGACUACCUAUGGCCCAAACCCCUUAAUGACUUAGUUGGAGAGCCAUGAAUGAGGAGUGGCCAGAUACCUGACAGCUCCCCAACCAUAAUUUUGUGAAUCCCUGGACUGACUGCUCUAGACCUGCAGGACCGCCCAUGACCCACCCUCCAAACUGUAGAGGUGUGAGCCCCUUGACCCUCAAAGCCUAAUUGGACACCUGACCAUGCCCAUGCCCAAGCCCCUGGAUUGAUACCAGACAUUAGCCUUGACUUACUAUGCCGGGACUCCCUCACUGGCUACUUCCCUGGACUUGAGUUAGUACUGCUCCCCUCAGACAUGGUUGUUUGCUUGUAGCAUGUAUAGUGACUUUGCCACCUAAGGUGCUGACAUGUGGUACAGGCACAAGAAUGGUGUAGCAAUGAGCCAUACAGCACGAUGCCCACUCCUUUAAUUAUGAAUUCUGUCAAACUUCCUGGCUUUGUGUCUGCACUAAAAGGGCAGAUAAUACAGCAGUACUGUGAGCCUUUAAGUUGUGGUCAAGGAUGUGGCAAGGCAAGGAUGCCAUGUGCAGUCAAAGGCGCUAAGUGAGCAGACUGGUUCAAUUUGAACUUGUUGCCUAUCCCUGUACAGUGUCCUUGCAGCUGCAUUGCACUCCAAAGUGCAGCAUUAAAUUGCAGCAGUGUACUGUAACUGUAUCAGAAAUGUACCAUGAUGAUGUAGACUGACUGGUAUGUCAUAUGUCAGUGUCCAGAGAUGGGGGAUUAUUGGGGCAUUUUGGCUGGAUAGUUUGGUUGGCUUGUAAUGCAGUGAUGCCAACAGCAUAGGUUCACACUCUGCACUGGCUGACUUUACCAUGAAGAUGGCAGUGGAGCAGGGCUUCUGAGUCUGCUCUGUCCACAUUUCUUUUCAUUUGUUUUUCACUUUUGGUUUUUUUUUUAUUUUGUUUUACUUACUGGUGGUGAGUAAACCCAGUAGCAGGGAUCGUGGCAGUGACAUCAGAGCGUGUUUGGGCUCCUGGCAGCUUCCCCAUCAACGAGGCGCUCCUAGUGCUGCUCGAGUUUGGGUUCCCAGCAGUGUCCAGUGCAAAUUUAAUGGAGGCGGAGGGCAGUUUGUGCCCGAAGCGGACUCGUGGCGGUGGCCGAGUCGAGUUUGGGCUGCCGGUGACAUUGGUGGUGUCUGCAUUGGCGAGUUCUAUUGAGGACUCACCAUGGCGUGACAAUAAUCAAAUCAGACUUCCCUUCUCAACCUCUCCCCUCACCUGAGGUGUGGUGACCCUCAGGUUAAACCACAACCAGUAGUCUCUCUCUUUGUCCUACCAGACCAAUGGCAAUGUUACCUUUUACUUUAUGUAGCCGCAUUUUUGAAACGGAGGCCCUGUAUGCUUUGUCUCCUCGGAAAGUCAACACCUCAGUGCAGCAUUUCUCUUUGUCCUGGAAUCCAGAAGUGUGGGAAUUUUAGAACAAUGUUGAUUCGUCUUGAACAGCCCUUGUUGGGGCCACAAAACAGUCAACUUAAAAGAACUAGAACGCAAACGUAACAAUAUUUUAAACACAAUUUUGAUAUCAGGUGAUGGUGCGCCCUGUAGGCAUCCCAGUGAACACUACGUGCUCCUUCUCAAUAGACAAUGGAACGUGGACAUAGCCAUGGAAGAAGGGCAAACAGUUGGGUACUACAGGGCCCUCCCUACUCACUUCCUGGACCUGUUGAUGGCCACGUUGGCCAAGAGCUGGAGGAGCCUCUCCUGUCUGCUUUUCCCCUCUACCUGCACCACCCUUCCUUUCUCCUGCGGUAAACCCGCCCCCCCAUACACACAAUAUACACACACACACACCCUCCACCUGCAGGAGGUGCCCAUAGAUCAGGAGGCUGGGGCCUGAAGUGGCGCCAAAAUUUUAAAUGGAGCCGCUUUAAAACAUUAAACAAUGGCUGCAAACGAAAACACUCAAUCAAAAAAAAAAUGCAUUUCCCCCAAGCUACUAAAACGACAUGUAGCUGGGCACCCAGUGAGACAUUACUUAAACCGCUAUUCAAUGAGACUGCUGCAUGUAACACUAUCCACCCCAAAUCCCCGAUGGGGGAAGGAAGGAGCCCCUUUUUAUAGUCGUCCCUCCAACGGUGGAGAUCCCCACUGGAAAGUAGGACUCAUCCUAGUGGCGGACAGGGCGAGGAAGUAAAUGCCAUGUAGCGAGCAGCCCAGAAUUGUAGGAAAUGAGUCGAGACCCUGACAUUCACCAAUGGAGUUAGGCGGUGCUCGCUGGUAAAAGAGACUGCCGGGAUAGUGGAGGGCUACAAUUUGUCUCCCAACGCCGUGGAAAGGCUGGGUUGUAAUCCAGGUGUGUGUGUGUCUGUUGACUGGGUUCACUCACCCUGUCUGUCUCUGGGCAGAAAUGAGUACAGCUGCGCUCCUAUCUCUGAUCCUUGCCUUACUGAACGGAACCGCCAGCCAGGAUGAAAACGGGCAAGAACUUAAAGUGGAAGUCUUGCUGAAACCUGAAGGCUGUCCUGAGCUAUCGCAAUUUGGAGACACUCUUCACAUCCACUACACUGGGAAGCUGGAAGAUGGAACUUUGUUUGAUAAUUCUUUAAUCCGGGAUCCUCUGGUGGUUGAACUUGGCAAAAAGCAGGUUAUUCCAGGUUUGGAACAGGGUCUCCUCGAUAUGUGUGUUGGAGAGAAGAGGAAGUUAACAAUUCCAUCUAACCUUGCAUAUGGGAAACGAGGCUUUCCACCCUCCAUUCCAGGAGAUUCUGUAUUGUUGUUUGAGACAGAGUUGAUCACUUUGGUGAAAUCAACAUACUGGAAGAAAAUAAUGGACAAUGUAAUCCCAAUUGCCUGCCUCCUACUGGUCCCUGGACUUUUGUGUCUAAUAGGCUAUUAUCUCUAUCUUAAAGCAAAUACACCAAAAAUCUCCAAACGGAAACUCAAAGAGGAGAAAAAAAGCAAAGGAAAAAAUAAAUAAUUUUUCUGCAAACUUG